CAAUCCCAGAGCAGUGCAGCGGUAUUCAGGCAACACGCUGCAAAUCCAAACGGACAACACAUGCAGUUCAUAACAUUGCUUUUAUUAGUAGUAUUUCAGUUAUGAGGAAAAAAACAAAAAACUUUCCGCUGAGGUUUUUUUUUUUCCAUCUUUAACUCCGACGCCAUGACUUCUACUGUAACUCGAGUCAGGACGAAUGAGAGCCAGAGGUUUUUGGGGGAACAGUCCAGGAACAAGAUGGCUGUCCCGGGACAAUACAUCCACAUCUCUUCUCCUACUUAACCACCUCUUCUUCUUCUUCAUCAUCUUCCUCUUCAUCCUCUUCUUCUUCUUCUGCAACGCGACCGUUAGUUCUGUGCAGAUAGUUGAGCAUCAUCUCACAACUUCGAAACGCCUCGGUCGUUCGCAACUCGAUGACUUGUGUCGACAGGAAUGUUUUUCUAAACGGUUUGGUGGAAACUAACGCCCGAGCCUGGAGAGGAGAGGGCCAAGGUGGCGUUAAUCGAACGAGCAGUGUUGCGACUUUCACAUGUUUAUAGUUUGUUUGUUUGUUACUAACGUCUCCAGUCUCGUCGGGGGUCGAACAGCUGAGGAUCUCGCAAACGAGAAUGCGUGAAACGCGUUAGUCGGUGUGUUGUGUUUUGUUGUUGGAGCGCACCCCGGUUCCUCCACAUGUCCCCCUCCGAAUAACACAAACGAACCCUCCGACUGGACCAUGAGCUCCUCGCGAGUCAGGCCCCAGCAGCCGGCGCAGAGCCCGACCGGCGACGGGAUCGAGAUGGAGAACAUCCAGCACCGGGACCUGGGUCUCGGAGGGGCCGCGGGCACCCCGUCCCCCCCGUCGAGGCAAGCGUGGAGCCGGGACAACCCGGGGUUCGAGCCCGGGGAUGAGAUCAUGGAGGCCGACUGGCCUCCGGCGAGCCCCGGCAGGAGGUCGGCGUCCACGGCCUCCAGCAGCAGCUGCAGCAGCGGCCUGGGCAGCUACACCGGCGGGGGCGGCAGCCCGCACCUCCCCCGGGCGGCACUGUACCCGACCCCGGCCGCGGAUGGCCAGCAGCAGGACCGGCGGGAGCACCCCAGCUGUGUGAAGCACAUACUGCAGAAGUUCAGAAUUCUGUGGGGCACAGAGCUGAUGGAGGACAGCGACAGCAGUCGAGAGCGAUACCUCAGGAACGUACUGAGGGAGAUGCUCACGUAUGUCGCAUUCCUCAUCACCAUCUGCAUCUUGACCUAUGGGAUGGUGAAUGCCAAUAUGUACUACUAUACCAAAGUCAUGUCUCAGCUUUUCCUGGACACACCACUGUCUGCUGGGGACCCCUUAACCUUCAGGCACCUCUCAACGAUGGAUGAUUUCUGGAAGUUCACAGAGGGGCCUUUCCUCAACAGCAUGUACUGGGAGGUGUGGUACAACAACAAGAGUCUGCCGGAGAAUCAGAGUCUCAUCUACUACGAGAAUCUCCUCCUUGGGGUGCCACGCUUUCGACAGGUCAAAGUCCACAAUGAGUCCUGCUCCAUCCACCAAGAUCUGAGGGACGAGGUCCAGGACUGCUAUAACAUGUACACGCCAACCAAUGAAGACACUGCCUCCUUCGGCCCCAAGAAUGGAACUGCGUGGGUCUAUACAACAGAGAGCGAGAUGAAUGGCAGCAGCUACUGGGGUCAGGUAUCUAAAUACGGAGGCGGGGGAUACUACCAGGAUCUGUCCCGUACGAAGGAGCAGUCAGCGUCCCAGCUGCAGUUUCUCAGAGACCACCUGUGGAUGGACAGGGGCACCAGAGCCGUGUUCCUGGACUUCUCCGUCUACAAUGGCAACAUCAACCUCUUCUGCAUCGCUAGAUUGUUGGCAGAGUUUCCUGCUACCGGAGGGGUGGUGACCUCCUGGCAGUUCCAAACAGUGCGUCUGAUGCGAUACGUGUCCAGCUGGGACUACUUUGUGGGUUUGUGUGAGGUGGCAUUCUGCAUUUUCGUCCUGUACUACGUGGUGGAGGAGGUGCUGGAGAUCCGCAUCCACCGCCUGCACUACUUCAAGAGCGUGUGGAACUGUCUGGAUGUUCUCAUUUUGGCGUUGAGCGUUGUGGCUAUCAUCAUGAACAUAACUAGAACAGCCAUGGUUGGCAACCGUCUCAAAGGCCUGCUGGAGAAUGACAGUGCUCACCCCAGCUUCGAGCCUUUAUCCAACCUGCAGGUCCAGUUCAACAACGUGGCUGCGGUCAUUGUCUUUUUUUCCUGGGUCAAGCUUUUUAAGUUUAUCAACUUCAACAAGACCAUGAGUCAGCUGUCCAACACUAUGUCGCGCUGUGCCAAGGACCUCGUGGGUUUUGCCAUCAUGUUCUUCAUCAUCUUCCUGGCGUAUGCUCAGCUGGCCUACUUAGUGUUUGGAACCCAAGUCAACGAUUUCAGCACUUUCCAAGCCAGCAUUUUUACCCAGUUCCGUAUCAUCCUGGGAGACUUUGAGUUCUCUGAGAUCGAGGAGGCGAACCCAGUGCUGGGACCUAUCUACUUCACCACCUUUGUCUUCUUCAUUUUCUUCAUUCUCAUGAACAUGUUCCUGGCCAUCAUCAAUGACUCCUACUCCGAGGUGAAGGCGGACAUGUCCCAGCAGAGGUCUGAGAUGGAGAUGACGGACCUCAUUAAGAAGGGUUGUAACAAAGCUUUGAUGAAGUUAAGACUGAAGAAGACGGCGGUGGACGACAUCUCUGACAGUCUGCGUCAGGCUGGGGGCAAACUGAACAUUGAUGAACUCCGUCAGGAUCUUAAAGGAAAGGGCCACACAGAUGCAGAGAUUCAGGCCAUAUUUGCCAAGUACGAUCACGACGGCGAUCAGGAGCUGACGGAGCACGACCACCAGCAGAUGAGAGACGACCUGGAGAAAGAGAGAGAGGACUUGGAUCUGGAACGCAAUUCGCUGACUCGACCCAGCAGCGGGCGGAGCUUCCCUCGCACCCAGGACGACUCGGAGGAGGACGACGACGAGGACAGCGGCCACAGCUCUCGUCGCCGCGGCAGCAGCUCGGGUGGCGUCUCCUAUGAGGAGUUUCAAGUGCUGGUGAGACGCGUAGACCGGAUGGAGCACUCGAUCGGCAGCAUAGUGUCCAAGAUAGAUGCUGUGAUCGUGAAGCUCGAAGCCAUGGAGAGAGCUAAACUUAAAAGGAGAGAUGUGCUGGGCAGGCUGCUGGACGGAGUCAUGGAGGAUGAGCGACUGGGGCGGGACACGGACGCCCACAGGGAGCAGAUGGAGAGGCUGGUGAGGGAGGAACUGGAGCGCUGGGAGUCUGACGAUAUGGCCUCGCAGGUCAGCCACCCGCAGCUGCCCACUCACGUCGGCCCCCGCCCUCGUCCGUCCUCUUCUCUGUCCACCGACGGCCUUGACACGAGCACAAACGGGAGCGGCCACGUGUGAAGUCUCAGCCCCGCUGAGGAACAUUUGACUUUGGCGAGAAACUCUCUGCUGGAAAUUUCCCCCUUCAGUGGUACGAGUAACAAUUUUUUGCGGAACCAAAAAAUAAUUAUUUAGGCCGUUUAAAUUCCUUGACAUAUUACUAAGGAGGUGACAAACUGAAACUUAACUCACCUCAGAUGCUUCAAUGCAAUGAAGGCGAGCGAUGUUCUCCGGAGAGACAACUUCUGAAAUGUCCUUAAUCUGUCCACAGCUAUUACCGAGUAUUAUUAAAACAAGAUGAUGAAAGGUGAAAGGGGCUGAAGAACAAUGAAGGAUUUACAGUAUCGAAUCACAGUAUUAUACACAGUAAUGGAUGCCAUACGCCAGCUGCAAACAUACUCAGUUGCACACAGAAUACACAGUGUAUGAUUUUAUUAUUACAUGAGAAAUAUGCUCACCUGCUUCUGAUGACUGUAUCCACACGUUUAAGCAUAUUGAGAAACGACACAAGGGAAUUUCCUUAAAUGUUAAUUUUGCUGAUUCUAUUUUCAUCACAUUAACAUACAGUAGGUACGAGUGUGGCACAUUGUGUCAUAUUUACUCAUCUUCUGUACAUCAGUUAAGCUUCUAAUUAAAUAGCUUAUCAUUUUAUGAUACAUAUUGUAACUUAAAACAAACUUCAAUUUGGAGUGCAUCUAGUGUUCAUGGGAAACCCAUGCAUUUAUAUAUUUUUUUUUUCUGUGCCUUACUCUUUUUUUUACUAUCUGUAUCUUUUUUAAUCUGUUGUGCCAAAUAAAAAGUGUUAUUAAAAUAAAAA